CCGGUUUCCCGGUGAUCUCCCGGGAGGGUGCAAGCAAGGCUGGAGGCGGGCGCUCAGGGCGCGGCCAGUGGCUCCUGGGGGGCGCAUCGGCGGGGCUGGCUGGCCGGCCUUUGGCUGCUAUUUCUGCAGACUGCCAGGAGAAUGGCGGGACGGAGGGCUGUGGCCCGGAUCGGGCCCGGGGCGCUGCUGGUUCUGCGCGCUCUGCUGGCCGCCGCGCACCCGCAGUGCUUGGACUUCAGGCCGCCCUUCCGGCCGCCGCAGCCGCUGAGCUUCUGCGCGCAGUACUCCGCCUUCGGCUGCUGCACCGCGGAGCAGGACGCGGCGCUGGCCCGGCGCUUCCGGGUCCUGGAGACCCGCAUGGAUGCCGGGGUGUGGGCGACGUGUGCCGGCUACGCUCUGGACCUGCUGUGCCAGGAAUGUUCACCCUAUGCGGCCCAUCUCUAUGACGCUGAGGAUCCAGCCACCCCACUUCGGACAGUGCCUGGCCUGUGUGAAGAUUAUUGCCUGGACAUGUGGCAGACCUGCCGAGGCCUCUUUCGUCUCCUCUCCCCUGACCGUGAACUCUGGGCCCUGGAGAGCAACCGGGCCAAAUUAUGCCGCUACCUGUCGCUAGAUGACACCGACUACUGUUUCCCAAGCCUGCUGGUCAACGAGAACCUCAACUCGAACCUGGGCCGUGUAGUGGCUGAUGCCAAGGGCUGCCUGCAGCUGUGUUUGGAGGAGGUGGCCAAUGGACUUCGAAACCCGGUUGCAAUGGUACAUGCUGGGGAUGGCAGCCACCGCUUCUUCGUGGCCGAGCAGGUGGGGCUGGUGUGGACCUACCUGCCUGACCGCUCCCGCCUGGAGAAGCCCUUCCUGAAUGUGAGCCAAGCAGUGCUUACUUCGCCCUGGGAAGGGGACGAACGUGGCUUCCUGGGUCUUGCCUUCCACCCCCGCUUCCCACAUCCCAGCAAACUCUAUGUCUACUAUUCGGUGGGGGUCGGCUUCCGAGAGUGGAUCCGCAUCAGCGAGUUCAGAGUCUCAGAGGGUGACGAGAACACAGUGGAUCAUGGCUCAGAGAGGAUAAUUCUGGAGAUCGAAGAACCAGCUUCCAAUCACAAUGGGGGCCAGCUGCUCUUUGGGGAUGACGGCUUCCUCUACAUCUUUACUGGAGACGGCGGGAUGGCUGGAGACCCCUUUGGGAAGUUUGGAAAUGCACAAAACAAGUCUGCUCUGCUGGGCAAGGUGCUGCGCAUCGACGUGGACCGUAAGGAGCGCGGCCUCCACUACGGCAUCCCUCCAGACAACCCGUUCGUGGAUGAUCCCGGAGCUCGGCCUGAGGUCUAUGCCCUGGGCGUGCGCAACAUGUGGCGCUGCUCCUUCGACCGCGGAGACCCAAUGUCUGGAACUGGCCGUGGGCGCCUGUUCUGCGGGGACGUGGGCCAGAACAAGUAUGAGGAGGUGGACCUGGUGGAGCGGGGCCGCAACUACGGCUGGCGCGCUCGCGAGGGCUUCGAGUGCUACGACCGCAAGCUGUGCGCCAACACCUCCCUCGAUGACGUGCUGCCGAUUUUCGCCUACCCACACAAGCUGGGUAAAUCAGUCACCGGAGGCUACGUGUACCGGGGUUGUGAGUACCCCAAUCUCAAUGGCCUCUACAUUUUUGGCGAUUUCAUGAGCGGGCGACUGAUGUCUCUCCGAGAGAACCCAGAGACAGGCCAAUGGAAGUAUAGCGAGGUCUGCAUGGGCCGUGGACAGACCUGUGCUUUCCCAGGUCUCAUCAACAACUACUACCCCUACAUCAUCUCCUUUGCGGAGGACGAGGCUGGGGAGCUGUACUUCAUGUCCACGGGUGUUCCCAGUGCCACGGCUGCACAUGGGGUCAUCUACAAAGUCAUCGAUCCCUCCAGACGGGCGCCUCCAGGGAAGUGUAAGAUCCGCCCUGCUCAGGUGAAGGUGAGGAGUCAUCUCAUCCCCUUUGUGCCCAAGGAAAAGUUCAUCCGGACGCCAGAGAGCACUCCGCGCCCCACAGCCCGCGCUCCCACUAAGGCGCCCCGCCGUAGGCGCCCCACGGCUGCUCCUCCUGCCCCCACCCCGCGACCCACAAAGCCCGCAAGGCCCACCCGGCGACCAGGGGCCCGGAAGGGAGGCGGGCGACGGCGGGGACGUCCGAGUACCGCGGUCCCCGAACCCGAGAACGGAUCGGUGCGUCUGGUACGGCCCGCAGGCCUGAGCCCCGGCCGCGGUCGCGUGGAAGUGUUCAUAGGCGGACGCUGGGGCACGGUGUGCGACGACGCCUGGGACACCAAGGCAGCCGCCGUGGUGUGUCGUCAGCUGGGUUUUGCGCACGCGGUGCGAGCCGCCAAGCGCGCGGAGUUUGGCGAGGGCCGCGCGCUCCGGAUCUUGCUGGACGACGUGCGCUGCGCGGGCAGCGAACGCAACCUGCUGGAGUGCGCGCACGCUGGCGUGGGCACGCACAAUUGCAAGCACGACGAGGACGCUGGCGUCGAGUGCAGCCACCAAGACCCGAACCUGUAGCCUGACCUCUCCUACCUGGCGGUGCUACUCUGGGAGUGGCCCCUUGGGUUUGCGGGCACGCCGUGCAGUAUGCACGAGCCAGGAUGGA